AAUUGAACAGCGGAUAACUUCUUUAAAGUAAAAUAUGAAGGUGAAACGCGUCAAAGGGGCGAAGAAAAUUAUCAAUUUUUACAAGAAUUCCUUUGGGAUCUUCGAACCUUAUCAAGUCCUUAUCGAUUUGACAUUUUGUCAAGCUGCUAUCCUUGGUAAAGUACUUCUCAAGGAACAAAUACCAAAAUACUUUGAUGCUAAAGUUCAGUUGGUUACAACAAACUGUAUCAUAGAGGAGGGUAAAGCUCUUGGUCCCUCACUCAAUGGUGCUGUGUCAAUCGCCAAGAAAUUUCAAGUCAGGCUAUGUGGACAUAAGAAAAGUCCGGUUCCCGCAGCAGAAUGCAUUAAGAGCAUUAUAGGGCCUUCAAACACCAACAGAUAUUUCGUAGCAACACAGGACAGAGAGCUUCAAACACAUUUGGAAUCUAUUCCAGGUGUACCAUUAAUGUAUUUAAAUCACAACUGCAUGGUAUUAGAAAAACCUACGCCACUAUCAUAUGACACUGCACAACAGAUUCAGGAUUCAAAAGUCAACCCAACUUCACUUGAAAAGGAAACUAUAGCAAAAUUGAAAGGGGAACCAGAAAGUGAAGAGAAAAGAAGAAGAAAACGGAAAAAGCCAAGUGGCCCAAACCCUUUGUCCAUCUUAAAGAAGAAACGAACAGCCGAUAAAACUAUGUCACAAACUGUAAAGAAAAAACGUAUCCGAAAACGGAAAAAAGCCAAAGUACCGACACAUGUCCUUCAAGCACUAACAAAAGAAAGCUAACACAAGGAAUAUCUGAUCACAGACUAUUCCUUUGUUAACCAGCCGAACCAUUGAAAAGUCUCCUUAUUCAUAGAAGGGAAAAGAGAAUCUUAUUCUCUGAAGAACAACGUGGUCUGAUUUGGUAGAAUGGUUUUCUUAUGAGUUGGAAACGAUACGGCGAAAUCGUAGGCAUUGAUACUGAAGCCGUAUCGUAUCUUACUUAAGGGGAAGCCAUUUCGAUGUCACGGCAUGUCAUACCGUGUACGUACUGUAAGUCAGUACCGUGUGUUUCCCACUCAUACGAAAACCAUUUUUAUGGGAAGCCAUUUCAAUGUUACGGCAUGUCGUGCCGUGUACGUACUGUAAGUCAGUACCAAGUGUUUCCCACUCAUAAGAAAACCAUUCUUAUGGGAAGCCACUUCAUUGUAACGGAAGAACGGCAUUUCGUACCGUGUACGUACUGUAAGUCAGUACCGUGUGUUUCCCACUCAUACGAAAACCAUUUUUAUGGGAAGCCAUUUCAAUGUUACGGCAUGUCGUGCCGUGUACGUGCUGUAAGUCAGUACCGGGUGUUUCCCACUCGUACGAAAACCAUUCUUAUGGGAAGCCAAUUAAAUGUUACGGCACAUUGUACCGUGUACGUGCUGUAAGUCAGUACCGUGUGUUUCCCACUCAUACGAAAACCAUUUUUAUUGGAAGCCAUUUCAAUGUUACGGCAUGUCGUACCGUGUACGUGCUGUAAAGUCAGUACCGUGUGUUUCCCACUCGUACGAAAACCAUUUUUAUUGGAAGCCAUUUCAAUGUUACGGCACGUCGUGCCGUGUACGCGGUGCUUUAACAGUACCGGGUGUUUUCCACUCGUACGAAAACCAUUCUUAUGAAAAGCCAUUUCAUUGUUACGGCAUGUCGUACCGUGUACGUGAUGUCAGUACUGUGUGUUUCCCAAUUUUAACCGUUUUUAAGGGAAGCCAUUUCGAUGUUACGGCAUAUCGUAUUGUGUACGUGCUGUAAAUCAGUACCGUAUGUCGUGCCCACUGAGCUCAUACGAUAACCAUUCUUAAGGGAAGCCAUUUCAAUUUUACGGCAUGUCGUAUCGGCGGUGUACGUUCUCAGUUUAAAGUUUCCCACUUAUAAAAACCUCUGGAAAAAAAUACGCCCAAGAGGAUCGAUAGGAUCCAUGCAAUGUCGGCUUGAUAAUAGCUUUGGUAAUUAGUCGCGUGCAAGAGACUAGGUCAUGCACCUUCUAUGAUGUGAUUAAUAGUCGAUGAUGUGGGAAGAUUAAAAAGAUUUCGUCGCGAGAACUUCUCCUUUUCAUAAACCCAGACAGCAUCAAUAAUAAACUUCGUCUGAUAUCCAUUGAGUAGAAAUGUGAUACCAUUUCUGUUGAACCUAGAAAAUAUAUCUGACGAAGGGGUUUAGGUACGAUUUCACGCUCUACCAAGCUCGAUAUAGACUAAUCUUUGUAUCUUCGAGUCAAAAACAACUUAAUUUGAAAAAACACUUAGUCCAGCUGUAAAUUCCCCGACAUAUAGAAAACGAUAAACGCAGGACUUAUCUGGCUCUUAUCUAUAUACAUAUAUAACAAUUCGCUUUUUUGGCAAAUGCUACGACUUUUUGAGACUUGCCUUGACAUGUUUUCUAUUGUGACAGCGUUGCUAUACGAAAACUCUUAUCUGUGUCCCUAUACCAGAAAGUAACCUAUUAAGCAAGGUCAUGAGAAUAUUGACAAAAUCUUGGGUCGUACAAAACUAAUCUCAUUGAUUUUAGUAGUGAUAUUGUCAGUAAGAGUGACUUGAAUCGACAGGUUUUCAUCUUAAAACCGCUAACCUUCAUGUCAAAAUCCUUUACGUUGACAAGCUUUCAAUCGUUUUUAAUAUUAUCCACGCUAUAAUCUGUCAAACACUGAUGACCUGGAAAAGAAACUUUAACACAAGGGUCUUCAUUGAGCUCGUUUUUCUGGUAUAGUAAGAUGGAUAACCAGAACGUUGUGAUUAAUUUAAUAAAUUCAACAAAAGCGUGA